AGUACGAACCAGAGGCAAUCAUUUUACUUAUUGACUGACUCUUUAAAAGUUGUAGAGAUACAAGUAUUGAACCUUGGGGAACUCCUCGGGUAGUUUUUGCUUAGAAACUCUUUUCCUUUAAGAGCAAAAACAGUCAAAUGCAGAAUCAGGAAUUCUUGCAGUCAAGUAGCAAAAGCACAGAAUAAUUCACAACAGCUGCAGCCAUCAAGCAAUGUUUGUGUUCCUUCAACAUGUUAGUUUCUGUGAAAUGCUAGAUUGAAAAUAAUGAGAAAGCUGCAGUCUGGGCUUCUAUUACUUUCUAAAAUGUUUUGCUAAUGAAUCAUGCAUGCUUUAUUAGCAAGACCUAACAAUAACACACUAGACUGUCCCAUGCUGGGAAUAUCAGACGAUAAGAAACCUUUGAUCGCUCCAUGAGGUUUUUUUUAUUACUACAUUAUUAUUACAUCAAUAGCAUCAAUAAAACAACAAUGGCAGUGGCGAUUACUUUCAUCUCAACCCCAUCUUUGGUUUGUUACUUGCGGCUGAAUUUCAACAGAUGUGAGGAGAGGAAAUUAGGCCUGCUUCACCCUUUUUCCUGUUGUAGCUUCAAGAGCUAAUCGGGAUGCGGCGGAUUGGAUUAUCAAGCAUUUCUGAAAAUCACUGGUUGUGAAGACAAGAGUUUUUGUCCUUUCUUUUAUCUGUUAACUUUAGAAAGAGUUAUGCAAUUUCUUUAGUAUAUAAGCCUGAUUUGCGGCACUCAUAUAAAUGCCGCUCCACAUAUGUGACUAUUAAUGUCAUGAGGAUUAAAGAAACAAACAUUACUUGGUUAUUUGGAACUUAACAAAGCUUAUGAUGUAACUAAAUGUACAAUAAAACUUAGAUGGUUAGAAGCAGGCUGUUUAUUCAGGAGGAUUGUAGGGUGUUCAUGGGAUAAACUCCAACAAAUCCGGACUUGACUAAAAAGAAAAAGCUAAAUUAUGCUGCAAACUUCAUCAGUGCUACUCUCAUUUUUAUUAUUAUUUUUAUUAAAGAAGAAUUUUUCCAUACUAUUCCUGUACACCCUGUCUCAAAGAGCUAAACUCAAGUGGAGCUAUGUCAAAACCAGAAACCAGACUUUAAAUGAUAUGCUAAAACCCACUAGUUUUUAAUAACCCAGUUUGUUUUCUAAAUCAAAAAACUAAAUCUAAAAAGGAUGGGAUGCAUUUGUAAAUAACUAAUUUGCAGAAGUAUCUUUCUGCGGAGUUACAGCUACAAAUCCUUUGUUAUCUACCACUUUUGCAUCACUGUAACGUCUUGUCAGAUUUCAAACAAGAUUUCGAUUCGGACAUUGUGUCAUGUUGUCAUAGCCUUUGGGGUAUGACUGCUUUUUGAAGGUACCAUAAUCCUAAAUGAAUAUGACUAAUCAGAAGGAAAAAAAAUAAAUAUACCGUAUAUCUUCAUUUCUAUAUCUCCUGCUUUUCCGAGUGCUAAAGGCUUGAUCAUAGAAUCCUCACGACAAGAUUUUUGACAAGAUAAUCCCAGAUUUGAUGGGAACAGCAAAUUCACUAUAGUCGUCUUGUCCCUUUUACAACUUCGGGGUUACUGCUUUUUUGUGCACGCACACGUCAUGGUCGCGCAUGGUUCCACAGCAACGGAUAUUUCUUCUGAAUUGCAAAUUCGACACCACCCCUCCCUUCUACUUUAUUGCCCCCCCCCGCCUCUUAAAAACUACGCAGUAUGAGUACCAACUGGGCGCAGAUCAUUUUCUGAAUCCGGUUCCGGCGUGCCGACGACACCGAUGCCCGUGCCCACUGACUGAUCGCAAGGCUUUUUACCCGAACAGCACAGAACUGUAGCAGCUGACAGGCGGAUGCGGAGGGAGGGUUGCCAAACCCGGCGGAAUUCUCACGGUCCGCGGACUAGAAGGCUCUUCUGUCCGAAUGACAGCUUCCCAACAAACAUAUGCUGAAAACUUUCAGCUGUCCGUUUGACGCGGGGGUGUUAUUUAGAUUUACAACCCGGUCCGAGAAGCAGUCAUGAUGCAGGUGCAAACUGUGGGCUAACGGUACUGAAAUGACUUGUUCGGCGCUGACGCGAUUCGUUGUGCCAUGCCAACCUCGCAUUGUCAGAUGCCAUUUUACUCUGCGUUUCCCCGGCGUUUGGGUUUCCAUUAUUCUGGGCCUGUUGUAUAAUUAGAAGUUCAUGAGGCAGUAGCAAACAAGCUGGUGCAAUGAGAAGCUACGCUGUCCGAGGAACAGUGCGCAGUUUGUGCUGAAGCUUAUGGGUCCUGCGUACUCGAGCCCCCGGCUUCCAGUUGGAGAGGUGUGCUGCAGGACUACAGCGCACAGGCUGUCGGCUACACAUCUGGACCGCCCGACUGCUGUCAUCUGCGGCCUGAUCGGACGGUGUACUCCUUGAACUUGUAUGUUUUAAGGGGGUAACAGAGUGAGGUCGCUUCGGGCGGUGUCGUUCUAGCAAGGAGGGGUGUGUAUUUGGCUCGGACUUGGGGUGGUGAUCCACUGGAACGCCACAGUCCAAACCCUGACUGGCUGACUACUCAAGGAAUAAACGCCUGUCCAGCUAUGAAUUUUGCGUAACCGAGUCACGCAUUUUUAAAGGCAACGCUAGAGUGACAUUGCAGUCUUCUCGCCACAUUGGUUAUUUCUUUGCCAGACUGAAAAAAAAUAAAAGAGUGAAAGUGGAGUAUUGUCCGUCGUACGUCUCAACGCAGUGGGAUUUCUACGUCUGGUCGGCGUUCCCCCCCACCCUUCCCGCGGUGACGGUUAUGGGUCGGAAGCGGUGUGUCGGUGCAGAUUGUUCCAAGAUGGCGGCCGGGUGCUGCGGGGUGAAGAAGCAGAAACUGUCGGGAUCUCCCGGGUCGGGGGGUCCCGGCGGGGUGGGGGCGGGAAGCGGGGUGGCAGGAACCGGACAUUGUGGCACGGAGUUGGGGAUUGGCUCCUCCGCGACGGUUGCAGCAACGGCGAACGUGAGCAGAGCCAACGGCCUGGGGGGACCCGGAGGUAACGUUAGCGGUAGCAGCGGCGGCACAAACGCUCUGUCCCCUGCCCCGGCCGGCUACUCUACAUCCGGCCUCUCCCCGAACCUCAGCCCAGGACCAGGUUCGGGAAGUGGUGGCAGAAAAAUGGUCGUCUCAGCAGAGAUGUGCUGCUUCUGCUUUGACGUGCUUUAUUGCCAUCUGUACGGAUACCAACCUCCGAGAACACCCAGGUUUACAAACGAUCCCUACCCGCUGUUUGUCACAUGGAAAAUAGGCAGAGACAAACGGUUGAGGGGUUGUAUAGGUACAUUUUCUGCCAUGAAUCUGCACUCAGGACUCAGGGAGUACACCCUUACCAGUGCCCUUAAAGACAGCCGCUUCCCCCCUAUGACAAGGGAUGAGCUGCCUCGCCUCUUCUGCUCAGUGUCUCUUCUCACCAACUUUGAAGACGUCGGUGAUUAUCUCGACUGGGAGGUGGGUGUUCAUGGUAUAAGAAUAGAGUUUUUCAAUGAAAAAGGAUCAAAGCGCACCGCCACCUACCUGCCAGAGGUUGCAAAAGAGCAAGGUUGGGACCACAUUCAAACCAUAGAUUCCUUACUACGAAAGGGAGGCUACAAAGCUCCCAUCACAAAUGACUUCAGGAAGACCAUUAAGUUAACCAGGUACCGUAGCGAGAAGAUGACGAUGGGUUAUGCAGAGUACAUCGCCCACCGCCAGCACCAUCACUACCAGAACGGCAUCGGGCACCCGGUGCCGUCAUAUAACCAUUAUUCCUGACAGCGAGCCGCAUGACCAAUCAUUGGACCUCUCCGCGGACCUUUUCCCAGGAGAGCCCGCCCCCUCCUGGUCUAGCUAUUUCUACUACUGUACCAUUUUAUGAUGAUAGUUUCCGUUGCCGUGCUGGCCGUCUCACAGACGUUGACAUGGCAACGGGUGGCAGUGAAGCAUCGUUCGAUUAUGGCGAGAAAACCAUGUUCCUUUUGUUUGCCUGCGGUUGAGCUUUUGCAGCAUAUGUAUACCUAUAUCUAUAACCUCACCUCCCCCCCUCCAUUCAUUCAUAUUAUUUUGGAAAAAUUAACCAGUAUUAGAGUUUUAUUAAUAUUGCGUCUUUUCAGCAAAGCUAAUCAGGUGUUUGAUUCUGUGGAUGGAAGCGAGUCUCCUUGGGUGGAUUUAGGCUUUGCUACAAUUUUACAUUUACUAACCCUUUUGUUUUUAUCGUCUACUUGUCGUUUCUUUAACUUUACUAUCCAGACGUGUGAUAUCAUGUAGCAAAGGCAAACUGCAGUUCCAAAAGGCUGUGUCCUCACUACUUUCAAUUCCUCUCAAAAACUUGACUGCUGAGGUCGUGCCAGCCUUGUAAACUCUCGUGUCGUAGUUGGAAUUCGUACGUGGGAUAUGUGUACUCCAAAGUGUAGAUAGGAUUGUGACGCCUUUUGAUCGGCUUUUGCUGAUGCUCUUUAUUGAUUUGGGUCACAAUUGUGUGUGUGUGUGUGUGUGUGCGCGCGUGUGAGUGUGUGUAUCACUGUGUGUGGAUUAUAGGCUCCACUUUGUCACAAGAUGGAAAACCAGUAGAAUAAAUUAGAAAUUGGGUUUCAGCUACAGGUUCAGCUGCAUUUGUUUGGCUAUCAAAAAAUUUUAAGCUUAUUUUUGAGGGUUUAUUUAGACUUUUAAGAAGGCCGAGGAACAAAAAGAUGUACAUGAAGCUUUUGUUUAAUUAAAAAAAUUUUUUUUUUUUUUUUUUUUCUCCUGCAUUUACUGAUAGGGAGUCGCGCGAUAGGGACAUGCUAAAACUAUUUAAAGCCAUACUGCAUCGUCCACGGUUUUGUCCGUUAUCAGAGGCGUUGGGUGCUGAAACGUUGAGAUGUUGCUUCAGCCCGAAACCCCGCCGCUUCACUUAGUUCCUCGUGUCAUUGUGAAAACAUCGUCAUGCAUUUUCCGGUUAUUAACCAUCGUCCGACAUAAUACGACGUAUAUUUAAGAAGAAGAAAAGAAGUCACGCACAAACAGAAGUGAUCUUAUUAACAUGUUUGUGUCAUUUAGAAGUGCAUGUCAUAGUGCGUAGUCGUGGAUACGGCGCCGCCGCCGCUGUUCCCCUCGCUCCCGUUGAUCCACGUGUCCGCAGCACAGGGAAUGUUCUGGUUUCUGUCUGUUUCAAUCGGAAGGUUACAGGAAGUGUAAAUUUUUUAUUUGUUUUAUAAAAAGAAAAAAAAGCCAGGGCUUCGUAAAGCCAGUUCUUAUCCAAAUAUUACCCAGGUGUGAGUUUGAGCCACACACACUCUGCUAGUUAGACGUACUUUAACGAAUGUUUGAUCUGUCUAGGAUCACCAAGUUGUCGGUCUGCGUGUUUCUGUUGCAAACUGGAAUUUUUUAUUUUUAUUUUUUUCGAGAGAGGUUCUUGUUACUUGACCAACAUCUUCUGUCGUAACAGCCUUUUUCUGACAGGUUCUUUCCUUUUUUCAUAAUUUUUUUUUCCUUUAUGCAAAAAUGUCAAGGGCUUUCGGCAAUCCAUCCACAGUAACCCGAAACGAUCCAGAUUUCCAGUUGUGUUGCCUUAAGUUUUUUUUAAAAUAAAAAUAAAUAAAAAAAACCAACAAAAAACGAUGGACCAGGAGAAAGUCGCUCUGAGUGUAUCCCUUACUUGGACCGGCGUAGGCGCUCGUCGUCCGGGAGACUCCGCGUGCUUCACUCCAUAUCCUACGUUUGGAUUUCACAUAAUCAACGUUAAAGUCGAGCGCCGUUAAAAGUUCCGACCACAAGGGGUCAGCGUUGCGGCCGUAGGAAACCAUACCGUACACUACUACACCAGAACAAGCCGCAGUCAGGCGCCUGGUCUCCUGGUCCAUCGACUAUAGCACAACCUGAAUUUUUCUCUGCUGCAAAACCAAAUUGACCAUGCUCUUUUACACAUAUGUCUUUGUAUACACAUGCAAUGUAUUUAGUUGCAUGUAUGUAUGAGUAUGAGACCUAUGGUUUUAUCCAUGAUAUGCUUGAUCUAUGGCUUAGACACUCUUAUUAACCAUUAAGAGAUUUAAAAGACAAAUAUGGUGCUAUCGGACCUCAUAUUGGGGUGGUCACAUCUCGUGACUGGUCAUGCGGACUCAUUGAUCAUAUCAUAUAUAUUCUUAACAAUGCGACAUGUAAGAUUUUCUCUGGAGUUGCGUUGCUGUGCGAGCCAAGUUGUGGUGAAGGAUCCGUGCUCUCCAACGUGGACGGAAGGCUUUUUGUCGAGGUGGACUUGGGUGAUUUUUAUUUUUUUUUUUUAUUUUAUUUUAUUUUAUUUUUUUUAGGGUGGGGAAUCAAUUCCACCCUGGGAAACUGACAUUCUCUCUCGUAAUGAAGAAAGACUCCACAGGCGCUAUGGAAUGUACUGUUAACGGUCACCAGGGGAAUUGAACAUGGACGUGUCAUAGGAGAAAAUCCUACAUGUUAAUACAAUCCUUGAUAUAUGCAGAUCUGUUCAACAGGUGUUUCAUUUUUUCUUUUAGAUUUUUUUUCUCUUUUUUUUUUUUUUUUUUUUUUUGGGGAGGCUCUUUAGCUGUUGAAUCGGCUUACCACCUCCAAAAGGGCAACGUUUAAGACGUUAACUAGCAUAAGGUCCUGUUGAGGUCGUUUCAGCCUCUCUUCAUCAAAGUUUACCUCUACAGAGACAUCGAUUUUUAGUAUUUCUUUUUUUUUUUUUUUUUAGUUUUCUUCGAAUUUCGAAUCACUGAUACCUCAAGGAAUCGCAAGGAACGACAUCGGUAGACUGUUGUAGCAGAUCGCGUGUUUUGGUUCCCAUACCAGGGUUUGGAGUUCAGGCUCGGCAUUCCUCGCGCGGCCGUCCCCAAGCUCUUUGUUACCUUCGUAUGUUCGACCGAACCAAAGAUGCCAGCGGCCAUGCUCAGAUGCUGCUUUUUUUUUUUUUUUCCAGGCCUGGCUUCCUGUCCUUCCAAAAACAAGCCCUGCUCAUGACUAAAUGUUUCUUCUUCUUCUUUUUUUUUUUCUUUUUGUGCGAUUUCUGACUUUUUAAGCAACCCAGUUCUUCGAUGAAUUGUCAUUGUUUCCGUCUCUGAAGCCGUUCGAGGCGUCAAGAUGGCGAAAAAUGGGUGCGAAUUGUUGUUACUUGUUUUGUUAGUAUUAUUAUUGCUUUUUUUUUUUUUUUUUUUUUUCAAAAAUGAAAAUCCCAUGGUGUGCCUCCUAGCUUUAUGGGUGGUUUAUAAAUGUUUGUUUUCCCCCUAAAGACCAGCAGUUAUACUUUGUAUAAAAGAUGGAUUUUUUUUUCCCUUAUUUUUUAUGCCAUUAAAGAUGAAAAAGCCUGUUUUCUUUACUCGACCCAGUAGCUGCACUGGUAUACAAUCGCACUGAUAGAAGAAUUAAACAAAAGAAAAAAAAAAAAGAAAAAAAAAGUGAAUCAAUAAUAAUAAUGAUGACAAAUAAGAACUACAAUAAACUUGUGUUUGAAGCUUUUAUUAAAAAAAGUAAAAAAAAAACAACAAAAAAAAACCAACAAAAAGAGACUAUUAAAAAAAAGAGAAAAUGACUGUUUUUGUACAUCAAAAUAAAUUUUUUUCAAAGGAAUAUUUUGGAUCUAGUUUCAAAAUUAUUUUAGUGGUUUUCUAUGUUCUGAAAACUUUUGAGACACCCUUCUGAGACGUGUCGCUGUAUAAAAUGGCUUUCUUUUGCAGUGGCCUGAUGGGCUGGGAGGGUUACCUGGUGUAACUCCUCAUACCAACUUUUAUUUCCUUUGUCAAUUUUUGGAUCUUUUCUUUUUUCCUCUCUCUCUCUGCUUUAGUACUCUGAAAAAUUGUUGAUGGGGGUGGGGGGAAAUAUGAACUGGGAACUUUUAAUUCCAUCCCUGUAGAGCUAGAACUCCUCUUCCUUUCCAACUGAAUUGCUGUUUAGUGUGACGGAACUCCGAAACGGGCAUUUUAUGAUCGUAUGACACCAAAAAGAAAAUAAAAACGUACAUAACACAAAAAAAGGUAAAAAAAAAAAAAAAAAACUAAAAAAAACAACCCAUAAAUAAAUAAAAUUGUGAAGAAGGCUGAAAGAAAAUAUAUCGACGGGUUAUCUGUAAGCAAUGGCUGUGAAAAAUAAUGUAGUUUUAAACAUUGUUACCUUUUAAAAUCAUUUAUUCAAUAAAAAAACCCUCCAAAUCA